UGCGCGCGCGGGGGCCGUGUUCGGGCGUCUCCGCCAUUUUGGGAGUCUAUAACUCGGAGCCGUUGGGUCUGCUCCUGCUAUUCCGGCGCCUCCACUCCUUCCCCCGCGGGUCUCCUCCGUGUGCCAUGGACGGCAUUGUCCCAGACAUAGCAGUUGGCACCAAGCGGGGAUCCGACGAGCUUUUCUCCUGCGUCAACAACGGGCCCUUCAUCAUGAGCGGGAGCUCCAACUCUGCCGCCAACGGCAACGACAGCAAGAAGUUCAAGGGGGACAACAGGAGCGCCGGGGUCCCCUCCCGCGUGAUCCACAUCCGCAAGCUGCCCAUGGACGUGACGGAGGGCGAGGUCAUCUCUCUGGGCCUGCCCUUUGGGAAGGUGACCAACCUGCUGAUGCUCAAGGGCAAGAACCAGGCCUUCGUGGAGAUGAACACGGAGGAGGCGGCCAACACCAUGGUCAACUACUACACGUCCGUGACACCCGUGUUGCGCGGCCAGCCCGUCUACAUCCAGUUCUCCAACCACAAGGAGCUCAAGACAGACAGCUCGCCCAACCAGGCACGCGCGCAGGCAGCCCUGCAGGCCGUGAACUCGGUGCAGCCCGGCAACUUGGCGCUGGCCGCCUCUACCGCGGUGGACACCAGCAUGGUGAUGGCCGGGCAGAGCCCCGUGCUGCGCAUCAUCGUGGAGAACCUUUUCUAUCCGGUGACGCUGGACGUGCUGCACCAGAUCUUCUCCAAGUUCGGCACCGUCCUGAAGAUCAUCACCUUCACCAAGAAUAACCAGUUCCAGGCGCUGCUGCAGUACGCUGACCCCGUGAGCGCCCAGCACGCCAAGCUGACCCUGGACGGCCAGAAUAUCUACAACGCCUGCUGCACGCUUCGCAUUGACUUCUCCAAGCUCACCAGCCUCAACGUCAAGUACAACAACGACAAGAGCCGCGACUACACGCGCCCCGACCUGCCCUCAGGCGACAGCCAGCCCUCCCUGGACCAGACCAUGGCGGCCGCCUUUGGUGAGCGCAGGCCCCGGGCCAGGCCACCUGGGCACCGUGGUGCACCUGGGAUCAUGUCGGCCUCGCCCUACGCGGGAGCUGGCUUCCCUCCCAGCUUCGCCAUCCCUCCGGCCGCAGGCCUCUCCGUCCCCAACGUGCACGGCGCCCUGGCGCCCCUGGCCAUCCCCUCGGCGGCGGCGGCGGCGGCCGCGGCAGGCAGGAUCGCGCUCCCGGGGCUGGCGGGUGCCGGCAACUCCGUCCUGCUGGUCAGCAACCUGAAUCCUGAGAGAGUCACACCCCAAAGCCUCUUUAUUCUCUUCGGCGUCUAUGGCGACGUGCAGCGCGUGAAGAUCCUCUUCAACAAGAAGGAGAACGCGCUGGUGCAGAUGGCGGACGGCAGCCAGGCACAGCUGGCCAUGAACCACCUCAACGGGCACAAGCUGCACGGCAAGCCGGUGCGCAUCACGCUGUCCAAGCACCAGAACGUGCAGCUGCCCCGCGAGGGCCAGGAGGACCAGGGCCUCACCAAGGACUACAGCGCCUCCCCCCUGCACCGCUUCAAGAAGCCCGGCUCCAAGAACUUCCAGAACAUCUUCCCGCCCUCCGCCACCCUGCACCUCUCCAACAUCCCGCCCUCUGUGUCCGAGGAUGAGCUCAAGAUGCUCUUCUCCAGCAAUGGCGGCCAGGUCAACGGCUUCAAGUUCUUCCAGAAGGACCGCAAGAUGGCACUGAUCCAGAUGGGCUCCGUGGAGGAGGCGAUCCAAGCUCUCAUCGAGCUGCACAACCACGACCUGGGCGAGAGCCACCACCUGCGUGUGUCCUUCUCCAAGUCCACCAUCUAGGCCCCUGCAAGUGACCUUACCACACCAGAGGUUUUAUUUUUUUAAAAGAGAAAUCAGUUUACCUGUUUUUAAAAAAAUCAAAUCUAACUCACCUCACCUGGGGAGCCAGGUCCAGCCUCCCCGGCACCACCCGCCCGCCGUGCCUUCUGGAGCCCGGGGUGGGGUCCCCGCCGCCCCCUCUAUGUGCCUUAACGCCCGCCGGGGACAGGCCACGCAGCCCCCCUGCGGGGCGGGGCCGGAAGGACACCCCAAUCCGUUAAUCACGUGUCUGAUUCUGCCCGCCCCACACCCGCUUGGAGCUUGUGUAACCCUGGCGCGAACCGCUGCAGCCCCCGGCCCCACGCAAGCCCCCGACCCGCACACUGUGCUCCCCAGGCCCCUGCUGCCUGGGACCAGCCCUGCCCAGGGCUUUUCUUCCUGCAGAAUUUUUGGACCAAAGUUUCGUGUUUUCUUUUUCUGCCUCCAGUGCUGGUGGGCCGUGCGCCCGAGUCUUAAUGUCCCCGUGCCCCUGGGGCCGGGACCAGUGCUGAUGGGCUGCACCCCAUAGCUCCACGUGGGGGUGCCAUUGGUGUAAAUAUUUAUAAUUUUUUAUACCUGUUGUGAGGGGCAGCAAACGUGGUUUUUUACGGUGACACAGAUGUAUAUUUUGAUACCAGCGACUCCAGCCUAGUAUUGUUGAGAGCCUGCCACGCACAGGACGAAUUAAAAGCGAUUUUAUACCAGCAGCUCUGCCUCUUGUCCGGUGUAGACGCGCCUCUGAAUCCCGCGAAUAAACAUCUUCCUAUUCGCCCCUG